GCGCAUGCGCAGUGAACACGGAGCCAUCACCCGCACAGCAGAGGAACAUGCGGGCGGAGAGGAGCUGCUCGCCGCUCUUAAAUCGGGGGAAUUCAUCGUAAAAAAAAACGACAAAAUUCCACAUUGUUGAUGUUCUGAAGUAGGAUUAUUUAAGUUGACGUUCUGAAUGAAAUAAGUGCGUUUGCGAGGAAACAUGGGCCGGUCUAAGUCAAGGAACCAGAAAAAGGCCCGGUCGGAGGCCACCCACUUGGCCGAGGAGACGUACCGAAAUGUCCCCCAUUCCUUCGUCUUCCACCGGGGUCAGGUGGGGAAGAACAUCAGUCAGCUCAUCAUGGACAUGAGGAGAGUCAUGAAACCCUACACUGCGGAGCAAUUAAAGGUCAGGAAAAAGAAUGUGCUGAAAGACUUUGUAGCUGUAGCGGGACCACUGGGAGUGACACAUUUCAUCAUCUUCAGCAAGACGGAGAACAAUCUCAAUAUGAGGAUGGCUCGACUCCCCAAAGGACCCAUGCUUUAUUUCAAAGUACUGAAGUACACGCUCCUCAAAGACGUGGUCUCGUCUCUGAAGAGGCACCGGAUGCACGAGGAGCAGUUCAAGCACCACCCGCUGCUCGUCCUCAACAACUUUGGCUCUCACGGGAUGCACAUCAAGCUCAUGGCCACCAUGUUCCAGAACAUGUUCCCCUCCAUCAACGUGCACACGGUGAGCCUCAACACCAUCAAGAGGGCCGUGCUGCUGAAUUACAACACAGAGUCGCAGGAGAUUGAAUUCCGCCACUACAGCCUGAAGGUGGUCCCGGUGGGUAUGAGCCGCGGCGUGAAGAAGCUGAUGCAGGAGAAGUUCCCCAACAUGAGCAAGUUUGAGGACAUCAGUGAGCUGAUGCUGAAAGGAGCGAACCUGUCGGAAAGUGAAGCCGAACUAGACGGCGACCAUAACAUCACCGAGCUGCCGCAGGUCUACUCCGGCCGAGGCAACAUGGCCUCCCAGCAGAGCGCCAUCCGUCUGACGGAGAUCGGUCCUCGCAUGACGCUACAGCUGAUCAAGAUCCAAGAAGGCAUGACUGAAGGGAACAUCCUCUAUCAUGCCAAUAUCUCCAAGACCGAGGAGGAAAUCCGGGAGAUCCUGCAAAGAAAGGAGUCCCGGAUGAAGGAGAAAGCACAGCGCAAGAAGGCGCAGGAGCAGAACAUCGAUCGCAAGAAAGCCCAGAAGGACGAGCAUAAGAAGAAGAGCCUGGCAGGCAUCAAAAGGAAACACGCGGACAAGCAGGAGGAGGACAGUGAAGUGGAGGAUCCAGGCGCCCAGGACGAUCGACCGGCUCCCGUGGAAUCGGAUGAUGAGGCGGAGUACUACAGGCAGGCUGUAGGGGCGGAGCCAGAUGAAGAUAUGUUCCCAGGAGCAAAGAGGAGAAUGAAAGAUGGAUCUCACGGACCUGCCAAAAAGAUGAGGAAGUUCUCUGCUGGCGAUAAAGGAAAAGGUGCUAUGUCUCCCAAAAAAAACGGCAAAGGAGAUUGGCAUAAAGACAAAAAAAACGGCGAGCGAGCUAAAAAACCUUUCGGAAAGAAAGGUGGGGAUCGAGAGAAAAAACCUUUUGGAAAGAAAGGUGGCGACCAAGAGAAAAAAACGUUUGGACAGAAAGGUGGCGAGCGAGCUAAAAAACCUUUUGGACAGAAAGGUGGCGACCGAGAGAAAAAGCCUUUUGGACAGAAAGGGUCGCCUGGAGGAAAGCCAUUCAGAAAACCGAGCGACCGAGAUAACCGAUUUGGCGGUAAGAAGAAAUUUGAAGGAAAGAGAACUUUUGGUGGAAAAGUAAAUAAAGACAAAGCGUUCCAAUCUUCCAAGAGCCAUAAAAACAGCGUGGCCUUCAGGAAGAAGAAAAGUGGUGGAGAAGCAAAGCAAGGAUUCAAACACAAGAAGGGAAAAGGCUGACCUGAACUUGCUGUAAAGUUCUUUUUUCCGACUGUGUACUUGUGAAUAUUGUUUAUUAAAUAAAAUGUAUUUCAUCCUUUCAA